AUGGAAACGAGGACGGUUAAUACCCUGGUUGUUGACCGAUGCAAGCAGGGCGGUGAAACUGUUCCGUGUCCCCGCAUGAGACGUUCGACUGUGGAGAUUCCUAAGACAGAGCAGCGAGUUGUAGUAACAAAACGUGACGUGUGCUGCGCUGGCUGGUCUGGUGACUCUUGCGACACACCGGUGUGCAAGGAGGAGUGUAGAAACGGGGGUUUGUGCUCGGAACCAGGAGUUUGCUCCUGUCCUGAGGGGUUCACUGGUCGUUUUUGUGAGAGGAACGCCCCCGCAGGUGUUCCCGAACAGGUGUACCCUAACCACAACCUUAACCCUAACCCUAACCCUAACCCUAACCCUAACCCUAAACCUCGGAGGGAGGUUGUAUGGAAUUUUUCCUCUGGUUUUCGCAGCUACGGCAGUACUGUUGUGUCUCUAACCAACUUCAACAUUCUCGUUCACGCAACUGAUCUGAGUGUGAGCUGGGACGGAGGCGGUAAUCUUCUGGUAACGGUCUCCAAGGAACACGAGGGUCACUUGUGUGGUAUGUGCGGUGACUUCGACGGUGACCCGAGCGAUGACUUAGUAAAUAAGUUUGGCACGAUAACGACGAACAUUGAGGAGAUAGCUGAAAAUUGGAACAACGAUGAAAAGUGUGAAAGCAUUUCAAUCAUCCCACCUGCCUGCCCUGCUGAUCGCCUCGAAUUCGCCAAACACGACUGUGAACAGAUCAAAACCUACGACACUGAGUGUUGGGACAUUGAAAGCCAUUACAACAAUUGUGUUUCUUCCGUCUGCAACUGUCCGGAGGAAAGGUCUCCGACAGAGUGUGCUUGCUCUUCUCUUGCCUCUUUCUUCGCCAGCAAGUGCCACUCUGAUAUCCACUGGCUACCUGAGUCGGUCUGCUCGGAUCAGUUUUCGUGUGCUGGUGGGUCGGAGUACCAUUCCGUAUUCUCCGGCUGUGAGAAGUCCUGCUCGAAUUAUUAUCUCGACCUGGGCUGUUCCCACACCACGUACGGGUGUUUCUGUCAAGAGGGCAAGGUCCGGGACGCUUACGGUGGUUGUGUCACCCCGGAGGAUUGCACGUGUUUGUACAAUGACGAGAUAUUUACUUCAGGGGAAACUAGGGAUGUAGACUGUAGAACUUGCUACUGUGAGUACGGAAAGUGGACGUGCAGAGAUAAGCCUUGUCUAGGUCAGUGCCACCAAUCCGGUCAGGGUUUCUACCAGACAUUCGACAAGAUGAUGUACACUUUCUACAGUUCCUGCGAACACAUCUUGGCUACGCAAUGUGAUUCCAUGACCCAUUCAAUCCCGAUGAUCCUGAGUUUCGUGUCACUUCCAGCCGAAGAAGAAGAGAUCCCUUAUUCGAACGACCACAUGGUUGUUAGAAAUGGAGCGUCCCACUCGGUCGAGGUGAUGAGUCUCCACUCUGGUAGUAAUCUAAUGACGGUACUGUGGUCUGAGUCUGGGGAGGUUACCGUGUCCAUGCCUAGCUCCUUGCAGGGCAAAACUUGUGGACUUUGUGGAAACUUCGACGAUAUUGAAGCUAACGACAUGACAGCAGCCGGGCACGCUUCAGCCACUAACCUUGAUACUUUUGUUAAAAGUUGGGCUGGACCCUCCUGUGAAGCGGAACCUUGGUUUGAUAAAUCCGUCAAUCCGGCUCAAGAAUACCUGGCUAAAGAACAGUGCUCUAUGCUCUUGCAGAAUUCUGGAUUUACAGCGUGUCACCAGUAUGUUUUACCCACUGACUACUACAACGCGUGUGUAGUGUCAGUUACACACUGUGUGGGAGACAAGGAGAAGUGCUUCUGUGAGGCAGUCACAGCUUACGAGACAGUCUGUGCUUCCAACAUAGCGGCCUCUCUUCACUGGAGAUCUGGUACAAGCUGUGAGGUACUCUGUGAUCGUGAAGACCAGGUAUAUCAGAACUGUGGAAGGUGCGCGCCCACGUGCAAAGACCUGGCCGACAACUCGGACUGUUCACAAGAGUGUACUAAAGGGUGCGCAUGUCCGGAGGGUCAGGCUGAUCACGAAGGAGUAUGUGUGAAAGUUUCUCAGUGCCCUUGUAUUUACAAAGAUUCACUUUACGAAGCAAAUGAGGUGUUUUCUGAAGGGGCAUGUGAAGAAUGUAAGUGUGAGGGUGGCCAGGUGAUAUGCCACGAAAAAACAGAGUGUCUCAUACCACUCCAAGAAGAAGUUGACGGAUCUUGUGAACACGAAGGUGGGACUGUUCCUAAUGGACUGUCGUUUAUGAGGGAUUGCAACAAGUGUGAAUGUUUGAACAGCAAGCUGACCUGUGACACCGCCAUCUGUCCCGGAGAGUGCUUCGCUAGCGGAGACCCCCACUACAAGACAUAUGACGGACUAAUGUACGAGUUUCAGGGUACUUGUGGGUAUGUUCUCUCUCAGAACGUUCCCGGUCAAACUGUUGAGGAUGUAGUGGUUGAUAAAGUUGGGUUCUACCUGAUGGUCGGCUGGUCGGGUGGGGUCCGGGUUCUGUGGAACGGAGGUACUCAAGUGCACGUCCGAGUACAACCAGGCUGGUCUGGAAAACUCCAGGGGCUCUGUGGAAAUUACAAUCUCAAUAAGAAGGACGAUUAUCUAAGCCAGGAUGGGAUGAUCACUGACACUGCUUAUCCUUUCGCUAACUCGUGGAAGAACUUGGAGAAUUGUCCUGAUGUAGAGAAGAACCCAGAGACCCCUUGUGAUAUCCAUCCUGUGAGAAGGAGCUUCGCCGAGACCAUGUGCUCGUUGAUAAAACAGGACCUGUUCGCCAGCUGUCACCCUUUAGUCCCUCCUGGUCCCUACUACGAAAACUGUCUGUUCGACGCGUGCGGGUGUGAUUUAGGAGGUGACUGCACGUGUUACUGUGAGGCUAUAGAGACGUACGUGCAUCAGUGCACGUCGCGUGGCGUGACUAUUAACUGGAGGGUUCAGACUGACGAGUGCCAGGUGAUGUGUGAAUGGCCUAAACAAUACAUCGAAUGUGGACCGGCCUGUCACGACAUCUGCGGAGAGAAAAUCUGUAGGAACUACACAAACAACGAAUGCUUUGAACAGUGCGCCUGUCCAGAGGGACUGGUGGAAAAUGAGGAAGGAAAAUGUGGAGAACCUGACUGCAGUAAGUUGUACACGUAG